AUGGCCGCUGGACCCGUCGACCCAACAUAUCCACUACUCCCAACUGCAGCAUUCCUUGGGGCGGGGAUGUUGCUGCUUGUGCUGCUCGGCAGUCUCAUACGUCAACGCUAUAGCCUUGGCGUCAUGCUCCUGUGCCUCUGGCUACUCUUCGAAAACGUGACGAACGGCUACAACUUCAUCGUAUGGUCUGACAACGCCUAUAUCAAACAUUUGGUAUACUGCGACAUAGUAUCCCACCUGCAGAUGAUGACGAUCAUCGCCAAACCCAUGUCAACGUUCGUUAUCACCCAUCGGCUGUAUGUGAUCGCCGGUACGCGAUCAACCUUCCCACCGAGUGCAGCCGAAACGCGCCGCAAUGCAAUUAUAGAAUGGGUCCUGGGCUUGGUUGUUCCGCUGCUUGUCGGAGGACCGAUAUAUUACAUCGUGCAAGAAGCCCGGUUCCAAGUCCAGGAGGGUUUCGGAUGCGGAUCGGCUUCGUAUAGCUCGGUCCUCUAUAUCUUGCUCAUACAGUCCUGGAGCAUUAUCCCGCCCAUCCUCUCCAUCGCGCUCCACUACCCGAGAGUGGUACGGGUGUUUUACCUUCAAAGCAGAGAUAUCGGCGACAUUAUGCUCAGCGUCGGCCGAGUCUCGCGCGCCCAUUACUUUCGCCUCCUUGCGCUCGCCAGCAUCGAUAUCCUCAUCACACUGCCCUUUGGCAUCGUUGUCCUCGUCCUCGUCGUGACUACGGGGCUAUCUGAGGACAGUCUGCCCUUCUAUCCCGGCUGGGACAUCGUUCACAAGAACUGGGAGCCGACAGGCUUUGCCUACUCGGAGACGAGUCUCAGCGUAUCUUCGCUUGCGGAGUAUUACUUCUCUUACUGGACGUCUCCCAUUCUCUCCUUCGUCAUCUUUGCCCUGCUCGGGCUCACGAAGCAAGCCCGAGCUACGUAUUGGGACAUCAUACGUGCAUGUGGCAGCUGCGUCUGCCGGAGGCGAGCGUCCGGGGCGAACCGUCAAAGCCAGGAGUUGGCGACCAAGAAGCUCUCAGCGGGUCAGCAUCGGAUCACAUCGCUCAGUAUCGACAUUGGCAAGCAUCCUGAGUUCUCCAUAGACAUCGAUGUGCCCUCUGCUCGCGAUGCUCACGAAUCCAAGACGGAGGCGGUAUAUAGGAGCACACCAGGCGCAGUUGACGCAGCUCACGAAGACCGCAAGGCGGAAAGGGCAUGUAGCCUUACUAGCGAGGGAAACGCGUCGCAACGAUGA